GAAUAAUAAUAUCAAGUUUUAAAUUAUGUGUUAUCCCUUUCUUACAAAUACAUAAGUCAAAAUGACAGAUAAAGACAAACGAUUCUUAGCUAAUUCAGGCCUGUAAGGCGUUUAUGAAUAACGCCAUUAAUGUACAGCCAAGUUACACACUGAGACUAGAAUAGUUUUUUAUUAUUUUUAAUUAUAUUAUGUCAUUUCAAUUUAUAUUAUUCCUAGAAAUAUAUGUGUUAAAAGUGCUGGCAAUUAUUGAAAUAACACCCUAUCUGCGUGCUGUCUGCCUCUACCUUUAAUGAAUAUAUUUUCCUGGAGCUCUCCCUUUCCUGAGGGGUGCAAUAAAGAGUAUUCUAUCUAUCUAUCUAUUACACGAAAACUUUUACACCAAAUAAAAGAUUAUUUAUUAAAUUAAAUUGGAUUUCUUUGAAUCAGUACUAUUUACAGUAACCGAAGAUAUAAUUUUGAAACGCAUUAAUGGAGACAAUAUUAUAGCGACACCUAUUACGUCUAAGACACAUUGAACCUAAAGUUAAUUGACUUACGAACUCGCGCGGACAUUACCUUGACAUUAAAACGAUCAAUCAAAGAGUAUUGCAAUAGUAUAUAAGGCUAGAGAAAACCGUAACAGGUAUCAUUUGGCAAUCAUUGCCCAACAGAACCAGGAGCACAGGAAACCAUGAGAGCAAUCACGCUGGUGUGUCUCGCGGUAGCCGUGGCGGCCGUGGCGGCGCGGGAUCCGCGCUACAAGAGGAACGCGGACCUUGAGGAGGCGGCUUCCCAUCACUGGGAGAAGGGUGGCGGCGGCGAGCACCACGGCGACCACCACCACGAGCAUGGCGGCGCCGGCGAGAAGGGCUACAAGGGCCACCACGAGCACGAGCACGGCAAGAAGGGACACUCCCACCACGAGGGCCACAAGGGCCACUACGGCGAACACGGCGGCCACAAAAAGCACCACCAUCACGACGACGGCUACUAUGACGAGCACCACCACGGAGAAAAGGGAGAAAAAGGACACGGCUUCGAAGAAAAGGGACACUACCAUAAGGGACACUCCACCAAGGGCCAUCAUGGUAUACACAAAAUAGACGAGUUCAAGAAGGACAAGCACUUCCACGACAAACACGGCGAGUCUGGCUUCGAAGAGGGCUACGGUGGUCACCACCACGAGGGCGGACACGAGAAGGGCGGUCACUUCCACAAGGGACACAAGGAGGGCGGCCACCAUGAGCACCACCACGGCAAGAAGGGCCACCAUGAGGAGGGAGGACACCACCACGACCACAAGGGACACCACGACGAGGGCGGCCACCACGAGCACUGGGGACACCAUGAGGGACACGGCAGCAAGGGCGGACACGAAGACCACAAAGGCUGGGACUGGAAGAAGGGCCACAAAUAAGUUACCUUUAAUUGUUUAAUUGCUCGCGCAUUUGUUUUUGUUAAUGUUUUGUGAUACGGAAUGAAAUAAAUUAUUUAAACAUUUUA